GUUAGUUUAUGCUGCACCAUGCCUCUAGAUGACAUGAUAUCACCCUCAUGCUUAAGGGUUAUAUCUACUGUAUUAGAACAUUAUCACCUAUGCUCCAUUUGAUACACUCUAUGGCCAAAAGUAUGUGGACACCUCAACUCUGAUCAGUUUGCAGCUACGCUCCCCCAUAUGUAGCAAGCUGUGAUGCACUGUGUGUUCUGACACCUUUCUAGCCAGCAUUACCUUUUUCAGCAAUUUGUGCUACAGCAGCUGUUCUGUGGGAUCAGACCAGAUGGGCUAGCCUUCAUUCCCCAUGCACAUCAAUAAGCCUUGGGAGCCCAUGACCCUGUCACUGGUUCACUGGUUGUCCUUCCUUGUGCCACUUUUGAUAGGUACUAACCACUGUAUACCGGGAACACCGCACAUGAUCUGCCAUUUUGGAGCUGCUGUGACCCAGUCUUCGAGCCAUCACAAUUUGGCCCUUGUCAAAGUUGCUCAGAUCCUUACGCUUGCCCAUUCUUCCUGCUUCCAACAAAUCAACUCCAAGAACUGACUGUUCACUUGCUGCCUAAUAUAUCCCACUUAUUGACAGGUGCCACUGUAACGAGAUAAUCAAUGGUAUUCACGUUACCUGUCAGUUGUUUUUAUGUUAUGGCUGUUUGGUGUAUACUAUAGCUAAAGCUUUAACAUUUCCUCUGGAACCCAAUAUUUGCCAAAGCAUCCAGAAACUUAUGAAACAUUUUUUGCACUUUCUGGUAUGUUAACGUCCAAGCACUGCUGUGCAUUAUAGAUGAAACGUGGUCCAACUUUGUUUUUCUGUAAAUCUGAUGAUAAAUCAAUUGUAUCUGAGGCUACAUGUAUGAAGCACUACAUCUUAUAUUCUUCUUCAUUCUUUUUCUUAUUUCAUCAGCUUUAUAAUCAAACUUGUAGGAAAGAAUUUUACUGAGAGAAAAGAACAAUUUUUGAAGCAUAAGGUUCACCUACAAAGCCAGUAAAUACGUUUUCUUUCUGCGUUGGAUAGCUGAAGCAAAUGGACUUUGAGUGAUAGCAUCAGGAUUACUGAAGCUGUCAAUACAGUGAAGCCAGAGGCACUCCUCGGAAUGCGUGUAGUGACGCUAAAAUCUUCUGCCCAUGAUUUGUUGCACUGGGAGUGAGAAGUUGUUUUUCUACAUAUUUAAAUACUGUUACAGUGGGGAAUUGUGAAUGACACAUUUUGAUCACAUAUGCAUCAUUUUUCUUGAUCUUUAAUGCAUCUUUAAUUAAUGCUAUUUUGAGUGAUGAACAAAGCAGUUUUUUUCUGUUUUCCUACCAAUAUUAUUUGUGCAUUAAUAUCUAUAUUAUGACUGAGGAAAAACCCUAGAACAUUUGUCAAACGUGGUUUGUUUAUCAAUCAUAAAAUUAGUUUUAUCAAUCGUAGAUUUAACUUUUGCUAAAAUUCUGACACAGCCUAAAGUUUUCUGAUCUUCGCCAUGUAUUCUCUGGUGUAACAAAAAAUAAGCACCUCGGCCAGCUCUUGAGUUUACGAAUUAGUAACCAUGACUAUAUUUUCAGUCUAAUAUACCAUGUAAUUCUACUGGUCUUUUCUCUUUCUAGAGUUUAUACAGUAGCUUUCUUUAGCCUAUUUAUUGUUGUUGUAUUAUAAAAGCAUCAGUAUGUUUAAUGGGAUAAUGGUAGAUGAAUUAAUAUAAUUGCAAUUAUUAUGAUAAUUUGCUGUUCAAUUAUAGACAAUUUAUUUAUCAUUCUAAAUAAUCUCAUCUAUAUGUAUUCCUAGAUUUAUAUACAAGUUGUUUAAAAAAUAUUAGACAGUAAACUGCUUUGAUUAACUAUUUUCAUUCAAAAUUGAUUAAAGUCUACAGCUGUAAUUAGUAUAGUAUACCAUUAUUACUACAUUAAAUGGAUAGAAACUAUUAAUUUCCAUAUUCAUUCGUUUAUUAAUACAUUAAAUCUUUGGAAGGGAAAUAGUAAUGACUGGAGAAAAUACACUGCAAUAUAUCAAAAUAUACUCAAAGCGUCGCUGUUCACCUACGGAGUAAAAUAUAAUAAACCUCUCCACCCAUUUCAUGUCGUCUUCCAGCCUCUCCUGUCACCUACAAACAUUGCUGCAUUCGGCUGUUUACUGUCAGUAAAAAUUCCGAAUAGACGACAGUAAUUAGAUACAUUUAGAACACAGUAGGGACAUUUUAUUGUUGCUAAAAUGGACACGAAGAUGGGUUUGUUUGCGAUAUUAUUUUCUCUUGGCUUUAUUUUAAUUUUUCUUCACCCAGUCCAUGGAGAUUUGAGCUACACUGUUCCGGAGGAAACGAAGCGUCAAUAUUUGAUUGGACAUGUAGCAAAGGAUCUCGGACUUGAUGGGAAACGUUUAACUGCUCGUAGGGCUCGUGUGGAGACAGAGGACAGCGUGAAACGGUACUGCGACAUUAAUCUGAGUAGUGGAAAUCUGGUCGUGGCGGAAACAAUAGACCGAGAGAAGCUUUGCGGGUCGAGGAUUUCUUGCAUUCUUAAUUACGAGCUUGUGUUGGAAAAUCCUCUUGAAGUGCAUCGCAUUUCACUGCAGAUUGAGGACGUAAACGAUAACUCACCCCUUUUUCCCAAUGAGCGCAUCAGCUUUGAAAUUACAGAGUCGGCUGACAAAGGUGAGCGUUUCCCUUUGGAAGAAGCUCAUGACUUGGACAUAGGACCUAAUGCAGUUCAGGGAUAUUCACUUGAAAAAAAUGAACACUUUAUUUUAUCUGUGCAUGAGAACCCGGACGGAGGAAAAUCCGCUACGUUGGUCCUGGAGAAAGAGCUCGAUCGUGAACAGCAAAAAGACAUUAAUUUAAUUCUUACCGCGUUUGAUGGCGGUAAUCCGCCGAAAUCAGGGACAGCUGUUAUAUAUGUUAAUGUUCUGGAUGCCAAUGACAAUAUUCCUAUGUUUAGUCAACCUGUGUACAGAGUGAGUCUAGCUGAAAACACGCCUUUAGGCACGGAGGUGAUUACAGUCAGCGCGACUGAUGCUGAUGAAGGUGCCAACGGUGAUGUCACAUAUGAGCUCAGUCGUUUAUCUGAUAAUUCAGCAAAAUUAUUUUCCCUUGAUAAAAUCACUGGACAAAUUACGGUGAGUGGGAACAUCGAUUAUGAAGAUGAAAAAUAUUAUGAAAUGAGAGUACAAGCCAAAGAUGGUCCUGGCCUAGUAUCAUCUGCUAAAAUUAUUAUAGACAUUACAGACGUCAAUGACAAUGAACCUCGAAUUAUUCUUAAAUCAUUAAAUGACCCAAUAUCUGAGAACUCUGUCACAGGCACUGAGGUGGCCAUUAUUAAUGUACAAGAUAAAGAUUCAGGAGACAACCGACAGGCAAAUUGUUAUAUUCAGCAAAAUGUGCCUUUCAAAUUAAAUCCAUCUAUCAAAAACUACUUUUCUUUAGUAACCACAAGCAUGCUCGAUCGAGAGAAAGAAUCAGAUUACAAUAUAACAAUCACUGCUACUGAUGGAGGGUCUCCACCUUUAUCUUCUUCUAUAACGAUUCAUCUAUCAGUGUCAGACGUCAAUGACAAUCCUCCUGUAUUUGAACAGCAAUCCUACACUGCAUAUGUGAUGGAAAAUAACAAACCAGGAACCUCUAUUAGUUCUGUUACUGCAAGAGACCCAGACUGGAGGCAGAACGGUACAGUACUGUAUUCUCUGUUACCCAGUGAGAUAAACGGUGUUGCAGUAUCCACAUUAUUAUCCAUUAACUCAGAUACAGGAGUGAUCCAUGCUGUGAGGUCAUUUGACUAUGAAAAGUUCAGAAACUUUAAAGUCCAGGUUGUAGCCAGAGACAGUGGUUCUCCUCCACUCAGCAGCAACGUGACUGUGAGUGUGUUCAUAUCAGAUGAAAAUGAUAACUCUCCACAGAUAUUAUACCCUGCUCCAGAAGGAAAGUCUUUAAUGACUGAGAUGGUCCCUAAAGCUGCUCUCUCUGGCUCUCUGGUCUCCAAAGUGAUCGCUGUGGAUGCUGACUCUGGACAGAACGCGUGGCUGUCCUAUCAGAUUGUCAAAUCUACUGAUCUGGGACUUUUCACUAUCGGUCUCCAUAGUGGAGAGAUCAGAGCUCAGAGGGACAUUACUGAAUCUGACAGCAUGAAACAGAACCUUGUUAUCUCAGUGAAAGACAACGGACAGCCACCUCUCUCUGCUACCUGUUCUGUAUAUUUAUUGAUUUCUGACAAUCUUGCUGAAGUUCCAGAUCUUAAAGACAUGACUUAUGAGGAGAACAAUUCCAAAGUGACUUUUUAUUUGAUCAUCGCGCUAGUUUCCGUGUCCACGUUCUUUCUGACUUUCAUUAUUCUGAUCCUCGCUGUGAGGUUUUGCCACAGGAGAAAGCCCAGACUGUUGUUUGAUGGAGCAGUCGCCAUUCCGAGCGCGUAUCUCCCUCCCAACUAUGCGGAGGUGGAGGGAGCUGGAACUCUCCGCAGUUCUUACAAUUAUGACACAUAUCUAACAACAGGAUCACGCACCAGUGACUUUAAAUUCAUCACGUCUUACAAUGACAGUACUCUUACUGCUGCUGGAACACUUAAGAAGGUCCAAAAUGACACUUUGGCUGCGAGCUUGAUUUCACUUAACAAUACAGGGCAGGGAGAUGAGCAAAAGCCACCGAACAAUGAUUGGCGCUUACCUCCGAACCAGAGGCCUGGACCUAGUGGCCAGCACAGGUUCCACACCCUGCAGCAGAGAUGGACUCCAUACGAGAAGUCCAGAGCUGGAGCUCGUCCUGAAGAAGCUGGUGCUGGCGCAGUAGUAGGAACAGGACCAUGGCCGAAUCCCCCCACAGAGGCAGAACAGCUCCAGGCUCUGAUGGCUGCUGCGAACGAAGUGAGUGAAGCCACAGCGACUCUCGGUCCUCGCUACAAUGCUCAGUACGUCCCAGACUACCGACAGAACGUUUACAUACCUGGCAGCACCGCUACGCUAACGGCUAACCCACAGCAGCAGAUGCCUCAACAGGCUCUGCCACCUCCUCAGGCCCCGCCCCAGGCCGCUCCCACCGCCGACGUCCCCAAGGCUGCCCCGACCCCGGCCAGCAAGAAGAAGGUCACCAAGAAGGACAAGAAGUAAGGCAGUAGGACAGCAUUAGAUUAGAUUAGAUUAGCAGUGGCGCUCUACUGCUCCAAUCUGAGCAUUUCUCGUCUGCGCAUGUUAAACUAGAAUAUGUAAUCAUCCGAAAUUUCUUUAGUGCCGAGACUAAAUUUCAGUUCCGAUUAGUUCUUAGACACGAUGCAAGAAAUUCCCAGCUUUUUUGUGUGUGUGUGCUAGAUUUUGUACCCUAGUGUAAAAACAGAAACGUCAAUAAGAACUUAACAGGACGAGAUGUUUACGUUCGUGUAACAUAGACAAACAAAGUCUGUUCUGUAAUCCUGUUUGAUAGCACUGCUGAAAAAUACACAUUUGUCAUGUUUUUUUGUGAUCUUUAUAAAUGCAAAGUAGAUGCUACUUGUUGUGACAAGAACGAAAAUGAAAUGUGUGGUGUAUGGGGUUUUUUGGGUUUUUGGGGGGGGGGUUUUGAGGAUGUGCCAUAGCCCUGGGAAAAAGAUUUUAGUUUUCUUCUUGCAUGAUCCACUUUUUAAACCAUAGUAUUGAAAAAGAACUAUGCAGUGUGGAAAAGAAAAGAUGCGUAAAAGUAUGAAGUUAAAUGUAUUUACAGUAAGAGAAGGCAUUUUCCUCAUAAAAACACCAGCAACUGAAAAGUUGGACUGUUUGUAUUGUAGGAAAAAAACAAAAAAACAAACGUAAGAUUGGAUUCAGUCUCCGUAAAGUUGUUUAGCGCUACUAAAGCAAUGCUAGCUUAAUGAUAUAUAAUGAUUAUAUAUAAUGUUAUUAUUUAAACACCCACCAACUCCGUAUAGCCGUAUAUCACUCCUAUCGAUUUGCAUUAAAUGAAGUGUUUCCUAAACCUUGGAUAUAGUGGAUGUUUCCCGAGCCUUUGGUCUGUGUUAGCACAUUUUUGGUUGAGCAUGAUCAUUCAAAGUUCUUCGAUUAAAGCCGAUCGAGUUGUGGGAUGAGAACCCUCAAAACUUUGAACAAAUAAAUAAUAUUCACUGGAUUGAUGGAGAUAUGAAGGAGAUAUUUGAUGUGGUAAACAUUGCCAAUUUUAUUCUGUGAAACUUCCUGUAAAUACCCCCCCCCUCCCUGCCAAUUGGUAAGAUCUCGGGGUGUACGCCGCUCCGUUCUAGGCCAAAUUCGACUUUAUUACUCUCCUACUUUCUGUACAAUCCGAAAUCCCAGUGUAAAUAAGACAUGUGACCUGUCUGUACAAACUAGAGCCACAAACAUCAGGCUAGCACAGGAAUGUUUAAGUAUUUUUUAGAAAAAUAUCAUUAAAAAAACAAACAAAAAGAAAACCUAAAAAAAAAAAGUGUAGUGCUUUAGAUACAAAAACGCUUCAAACUCACUUACUAACCAAACUGUAAAUACAACCAUGCCAUCUAUGAAGGAAACGCAAUCGUAGCUUAGGCCUUGUGAAAUUUUAAAAAAUGUGCAUAUUUUUGUGUUUUUUUCCUUCUCUUUCACUUUAUUUCUUCCAAGCUAAAAAAAAAAAAAAAUACUAAAAAGGUAAUGUGCUUUUAGCGUGCCCUUCCCAUGACAUCUCUCUAUAGUCUUCUGUGUUUGUAAUUACAGUAAGCUGUUAAUGCUACCGGAAUGGCUAUUCCUGUCUGUUUAACUCUAAAUAUAUAUAAAAUAUAAAUGUCUGUCUGCUGCUUGAAUACCUUUCUGUAUUCAACUGUGAUAACUUUCUUUUUUCAUUUUUAUUUUAAACUUUUAGCGCUUCAUGUCCUGCUUUUUAUUCCAUAUGCAGAUAUUUAUAUGGCUGUUGAUUUUGUUUAUGUUCUUGUUUAUUAAUGGGACACUUACAUUUCAAAUAAAAGUUUGUCAGAACUCACAA